GAGGCGGGCUGCUCGAGGCACGAAAAAUGUCCUCGCCCGGCAAUUAAAGAAAAUCUCGUCCCGUACCUGCGCCGGAUUUUCGAAUAGCCGCUCUCCCUUCCCUCAUCCCCUGCGACGCUAUACCUGGCUCCCUUUUAAUACCGGCCCUUCGAGCGCUGAUCCUCAGUCUCGCUUCGAAAUCCACUGCGAAAGUAACGCGUUUUCUGUGCGAAGUACAUCUCCAAGUUUCUCAAAAUGUCAGCGACGCUGUUGUUGACGUUGUUCCUAUUCUCGAGUUCCUCGGCUCUCAACCUCGGCUCGAUCCUGGGUAUACCCGAGCUGAGAUCCGCCGCGACGGAGGCUCCGGCCCUUCCGGAAAUCGUGGAGGUCGUCCGCUGGAGGCAGCCGGUCUGCGUGAUGCCGGAGAGCAAGCAGGUGCCGUCGUGCGCCUUCUUCAUAAGCAAGCACCAGAGCGAGUACGAGCGGACGAGCGACAAUGCUCUGGAUACCAAGCUCGACGCCCUGCCGAAGAAGACGCUCAACGCCGGGGAGGUGCGCAGCAAGAUCAGCAUCGACGAGAUCGAGCCCUCCAGCGUUCUCCAGUCGAGCGAGGAGAUCCUCGAGAGAGUCGACGCGCAGUCGACGCCAGCUCUCGAGGACGCCGUCAACGGGAGGCGCAGCCAGCGGAGCUUCUUCGAAGGCGGCAGAGCCAAUAACCAGCUCGACACCACCAAGCCUCCUCCGAUCUUCGUGACCAAGGUGCUCAACUCCCCGACGACGGCGACGCUGGUGGCGCGGAACUGCUGGCCCGACAUCGGCGUGCCCCUGUGCGAGGACAAAGUCGCGAAGAUGCUGAACGCCUUGCCGAAAGAGCUCUCGACAGACGACUCGUCGACGAUGCUUUCCUUCAAGCUGCCGCUGCCUUCUCUCAACCAGACGCAGCCUACUGUCAAAAUGCCCAAGUUUCCUUUCACCUUGAUGAAGACGCUGCACGAUCUGUUUUUCCAUGGUUCGGUCAACGCCACCGGAGACGCCGCGCACUUCGGAAGCAACCUCACGUCGACGGCGGAACCAUCCGCUUUUGGCUCUGUCCACAAGCUACUUCACGGACCUAGGAUCAACGAGUUUGUGACCGACCUCAGUGCUAUCGAGAAGAAAGUCGGCGUGGAAAUGAUGACUCCGUUCGACAUCAUCAACGCCAUGAUGGAGGACGCCAGGAAGGCCAAGGAGGAGAAGGAGUUGGCUAAAUCGGCCGCUAUUCAUGAUAUGAUCGAGAAGAAGCACGAGGUUCUGCAGAGCAUCGUCGAGAAGAAGGAGGCAGCGGUGCAGAGCCUCGUCGACAAGAGCCAGCAAGUGCUCGAUACGAUCUCGAACGCGGCCGCCGGGAAGAAGGCCUUCGUCCAGGGAGUCCUCGACAAGAAGCACGAAGCCGUCCAGGGCGUCUUCGACAAGAAGCACGAGGUCGUCCAGGGCGUUCUCGACAAGAAGCAGGCCGCGCUGCAGGCCAUCGCCGACAAGAAAAAUCAGCUGGUUGAUGUUCACAUAUAUCAACAAAGCGUUAUCGAGAGCAUCGCCGACAAGAAGAAUCAGCUGGUCGAUAUGAAACAGAGCGUUAUCGAAAGCAUCGACGACAAGAAGAAACAGCUGGUCGAUGUGAAGCAGAGCGUCAUCGACGGCAUCGCCGACAAGAAGGAUCAGCUGGUCGAUGUAAAGCAGGACGUCAUCGCGAGCAUCGCCGAGAGCCUCAGCCAGAAGAAGGACUCGGUGGUGCAGGCGAUCGCCGACAAGCAGGCCGCCAUCAAGGGCAUAGUCGAGAAGACCCAGAGCGUCAUGCAGGAGCUCAUCGACAAGAAGGUCGCCCUGGAGAUGGACAUCGCGAGCCGGGGACAGAGUCUGGUGCAGAACAUCGCCGACAAGAAGGUCCAGCUCAUCCAGGGCAUCGCCGAGAAGAAGCAGAGCAUGAUCCAGCACCUGGCCGACAAGAAGACCGACGCGAUCAAGGCCUUCUCGGACAAAACCCAGGAGAUCAUCGGCACGGUGAGCGUGAUGAAGCCGAUGCUGAUCAGCUCGAUCCAGCAGAACCUCGGAAUCGCUCCUAAAGAGACGCCGUUCGACGAUUCUGAUUUCGAGACGACGGCGGCGACGAUCACCACCACUGCGGCCAAGGACGACGAGAUCAUCUUCCAGGAGGAGUCGACCGACGUGGAGGAGGUCCCGCUGGUCGACGAGAGAUCGGCGGCCAACGUCUCCAUCGUCGCCGAGAGCGAGUCCGCCACCACCACCACCGAGAAGUUCUACGAGGUCAUCAACAACGGACUAGAGGGCGCUUCCGGAAGAUCAGCGGCCGAGAUUCGGGACAUUAAGAAGAAGUACAUCGCGUCGAAGUUGAACCAUCUGAAAAAUUUGAUCAAGGUAUCCGCAAAACCCGGGAUCCAAGUCUUCCUGGACGAUAACAUCGCGGAGAACAACAUCGCCCCUAAACCGAACCAAUUCUUGACCCACCUCUUCUCCGGCGUUCUUUUCAAUCAUCGUAAACCCGCGAGUAACGACAGCAUCGCCAGCAUCAGCAGUAUUACUCAAACAGCGCCAAUAGUCACUGAAUCCGCUGACCCAGUUACCUCGAAGCAAGAGGCGCCGGAAGUGACGUCAGCUCUGCCGGACAAAAUUACGAGUGCGCAGCACGACUCCCUCGAGGAGGACGAGUUCGUCGGCGAGUUGCCUCUGAAUUCCAGCUCAGCGCGGCCGCCGAUGCAGAGCCUCUCCCUGCCAGCCUUCGUCGAGGAGAACGAAAAAGAGCCCGAUGCCGAUCAGCUGGAGGUGGUGGACGACUACUUUGUCUCCGGCUCGACGAUGUCGAAGGAACCGCCGGCCGAGGUGUCUUUCUCUCCGAGCAGCACCACCGAAGACGACGACGACGAGCCCAUAAUUAUCGAUUACAAACCUACGACUACUGCGAGCCCGAAAACAAAGCCCAUUGUCCCGAAUGCCGAUUCGAACGAGCGUCCGGCCGUUCUGACGGGUUUCGCGAAGCCCGAUGGAAACGGGGAUGGUUUUGUCAUUGUCGGAGAUCUGCAGUUUGUCGAUAACAAGCCGAAUUGCACGCAAGGAGUGCCCGAAGAUGCCGAACAAGAGACUCUGCAGGAGACGUAGAUCUGUUUUACUAGUGAUUUUACCGCGAUGGUUUAAUUUUUAUACUAUUUUUCUCAGCUUUAAUAGU